GGCUGUGACAGUAUGAGAGAGGAGAGCGACUUGAAGACACUCUCCCUCUCUCUCUCCCUCGUGUGAGAGUGAAGCUGUACCCCAACACGCACUUGCGCACGUACACUCACACACAUCACACAUAUAACACACACACAGACACACGCACACGCCUACAGGAGGAAAAUAUAAAAAAAAAGUAGCAGAUAAUUAAAAAAAUGCAGGAAAUAAACACGAUGGUUAACACAUUGCAAGUUUAAGAGAGGAGAGGAUAUCAAAUUCGUGGUGGUGGUGGUGGUGGUGGUGGCGGUUAUAGUGUAACGUGCCUGUGCCUUGGUGCUGUGUGGUGUUGUGUGGUGUUCUACUGUGCUUCUCACGCCACGACCCCCAAAUACCGGCACGCUGGCGCUCCCGGAUCCCAUGAUGGUGCUGUGUGGCGUGGACCCGGAGAGGCGCGCCAGCAAGGAACUGGAAAAGCAAAUAUCGCUAUGGAUGAAAGAGUACAACAAGGCCAUCAAGAUUCUCCUGCUGGGCGCGGGAGAGUCCGGCAAGACCACCAUCAUUAAGCAGAUGAAGAUUCUACACAUCAACGGCUUCUCCCAGGAGGAGCGGCAGGAGAAGAAGCAGGACAUCCGCAGCAACAUCCUGGAGGGCAUCGUGACCCUGACGCAACAGCUGGACGUUCUGGGGGUUCCCUUGGAGCUGCAGGAGAACCAAGCAGCAAAGGACUACGUAUUGGCCAUCAACCCUGAGGACUUCACCUACACACAGGAGUUCUACACGUACACGGAGCAGCUGUGGAGGGACCCUGGGAUACAGAAAGUGUACAGCCUGCAACACAAAUUCCAGCUGAUUGACUGUGCUCGAUACUUCCUGGACAAGGUGGAGGAGGUGGGGCAGCCUGAUUACGACCCAAGUGUGCAGGACAUCCUCCACAGCAGGCGGCGAACCACGGACAUCCAGAAGAUUGAGUUUGAGGUUCGGGUGCCUAAGAAAUACGGCGGAGGUUCGCUACAGUUCUGGAUGUUUGACGUAGGAGGACAGCGAGGCGAGAGGAAGAAGUGGAUACAGGUGUUUGACGGCAUCCAGGCGGUGCUGUUCCUGGUAUCUGCAAGCUGCUUCGACCUGGUGAUACGAGAGGACCAGGAGACCAACCGGCUGCAGGAAUCUAUCAACAUCUUUAAGAGUGUGUGGCAUUCCAGGUUCCUCAAGAAUUCAGGGUUCAUUGUCUUCCUCAACAAGCAGGACAUACUGAAGGAAAAGGUGACAUCUGGGAAGUGUAUAGGAGACCACUUCCCCGACUACUCCUCCUACAGGCUAGAGGACAAGGAUCGAGUCGCGGACGAGGACCAGGAGUACCUCAGGACACGGUGCUUCAUACGGGAAAAAUUCAUGGCCAUCUCAAAGGAGGAGGUGAAGGCCGUGGAGAGGAAGGUGACACCAGGUGGUCCCCUCAUCCUGAGUGACGAGGGCCCCAGGGAGUGUUACUGCCACUUCACCACCGCCACGGACACCAACAACGUGAGGAUAGUGUUCGAGGACGUGCACAACAUGAUCAUCAAGUGGAACCUCGAGAAGAUUGGCGUCCCCGUGUCCUAGGCUGCUCAAGAGAGCGUAUAGCGAGCGAUGGAUAAAGAAUGGUGGAAAAAGAGGACUUGUAUUAAGCAAUGAAAGAAAGGAUGUCGCAGGGGUUUCUACUACACGACAAGAAGAGAAGCAGUGAAAUUGAUGUAAAAAUAAUUGGUUUUUCUUAUUACACGAAAGAAAGAAGGGAUAUGCAAUGAAAGCAAAAAAGGUAGAGGGAUUUUUACGACACGUUUUGGAAAGAAGCAGUAAAACUUUUGCAUAAAUUGUUAAUUAUUCUUGCCACACGAAAGAAAAAAAGAACUAGAAAAGGUGGUGUUAUGAAAAAAAUAUAUGUUAUGGUGAUGAUGUGUUUUUAUCAGUGAUGCAAUAAGGGAAAGUGGAGUUAUUGGUAUUCUAUAAAGGAUAACGACUGUGCAGGUGUGAUGGGAAGAGUAUCAACCAUGAUGCGAGUAAUGCUGCGUCAUAGAAAAAAAAAAAAAAAAGUCAUGAAGAAGAGUGGCGUUUCAUUUUUUAUAAGGAUAAAAAAUACAUAUUGUAACAAGCAUUAAAUGAAGAUAAGUGGCGGUGAUACAGAAAAAAAAAGAAAAAAAGAAAAAAACGGGGGAGUAUCUUUUUGUGUGUCCCUCCACCUCACACAGCACACAACAAAACCAAUGAAAUGAGAAGAGGUGGAGUGACGACGAUACAAAAAAAAAAAAAAAAGAGCAAUGGAAUUAACCCUUUCACUGCGACUCAAAAUCAUUAGCAGCACCAGAAACAAUGCGUAAAGUCUUUAUAAUGAUCUACAAGAAAGUUAGUGAUGAAAAAGAAUACAUUUUGCAGUUUCUUCCCAGUUCAAAGACUGGGCGUGGCUGUAGAACAAGUAAAGAUGUCUCAAAGCGAUUGGUAAUUAAGGACAGGUGUAGCAAGUGGCAGCCGAACGGUUAAAUGCACCUCAUGAAGACAGAAAACCAAGGAAAUGAUGGCAGGGACGCGAAAUUAAUUGAGCAGAUGAUAGAUUUAAAGCUCCAAUCAACCAGUCAAUCAACUCAGUAUCACAACCACUGUUUAAAAUAUCUUUAUGAAACACAUCUAAAAAAAAAAAUAUAUAUCACGUAAAAAUCAGAGGCAAGUGUGUGUGUGUGUGUGUCUUUCCAUGUCACACGACGCACAACAAAGGGAAUGAGAUAAGGAAAGGUGGAGUUCUGAGCGAUGAAAAUAGAAGUGAGGGUUGCGACAGAAAUGAGAGAAGGCGUGGCAAGGAAGGAAGGAAGGAAGAAAGGAAGGAAAGAAGGACAGAAGGAAGAAA